AUGACUGACGGCGUCCUUCUCCUUGCGCCAGUUACUUUCGCGAGCUUGAUUGUGACACCCGCGGUUUCGCAGGAGGCAGAUGUCGAAUGGAACCUCAGUAGUCUUUCAGCAUCCGUCCCGAGUGGCGAGUCGCGUGCGAUCGCCAUCGUGAAGGAGCGAUCGAAGUGCAUCAUGAGUUUUCCACGGUUCGCGCUAUGGAGGCCUGCUGGUGGAGUGAUCACCCUGUGCACAGCAUUGAUGCUUGCUUCCGGUGUCGGGGCGUUCGAUGUCCUUUUCGGUUACAACACCAGUGAAUAUUGGCUAAUGCCGCCACUGCAUGUGUAUGAUAACUUCGAGAGCUGCCUCCACAACCGUCCGGAUGGAGUGUUCUGCGUGACGAAGGUGGUGAUCAAGCCGGAUAGCCGGUCGGAAAUAUGGCGACUUAUUGAAAAAUACUCCCGAUACACCUUCCAGUACAAUCAUGACGUGCUUACGCGAGGAAUUUGUCUGGAGAAAUGUUUCAGUUUGGUAAAGCAGUUAGAAGAUUCCGGCGUGUUGCCCGAAAGUUACUACGUGCCAAAGUUCAAUGUGUCGAAAAAGUAUGCCAUCGCUGAAUGGAUCCUACCGAAUGCAACAGAAUAUCGCCAGAAAUACGAUCGAUUGAUCAACAUUUGCCAGAACUAUGACCUGCGAUCCAAUUACAAUCUCAGUGGAUACACAUGGAUAGAAGAGUGUAAAACAAACGACACACUUACCAGACCAUUAGAUGCCUUGGAUGUGUUGUUCACCGUGCUCCUUGUAACGCUCUUCAUACUCACCGUCUGCUCCCAGUACUACGAUAGUUGGCUUGCGCGGGUUUCCAACAGUGAAGAUCACUAUUGCAAACCUUUGACAGGACGCGUUUCAACCCUGGCCACUGCCUUCUCGAUCCGACGAAACUGGGCCAAGCUCACCUACAACUCGAUGCGCUGCCAGUACCAACGGGAUUUCGACUUUCUCGAUCAGAUACGGGUCAUAGCGAUGAGCCUAAUCCUGCUCACACAUGUGCUUAUUGGAUUGUAUAUGUUCACCUCCCAGAAUCCGAUGGCGAUGGAGCAGUACGCGGGGCUCCUUCCGAAUCAAAUGUUCUUCUCCAUGGUGCCAGCUCAGGUAGAUCAAUUCUUCGCUAUCAGUGGACUUCUGAUGGCGGUACAGUUCCUUCAGUACGCGGAAAAGCGAGCGUUCCGUGUGAGCAUUCUUUGGAAGGGACUUAUCAAUCGCUACCUGAGAUCACUCCCAGUCUAUGCGGUGCUGAUGCUGUUCACCGUGUCCCGCUACGACACGUUCCAGACGACACCGUCAGCGUACAAAAUUCUACCAACCGUUCGACGGAUAUGCCGGAGGAAGUGGUGGAGCAAUUUUCUCUUCAUCAACAACUACUACCAGCAGGAGGAGCAAUGCCUCAUACAUACCUGGUACCUGGCGGCUGACUUCCAGCUGUACGUCGUGGGUCUGCUGGUGAUGACGCUCCUAUGGCGAUUUCCGAAAGCUACCUUCAGGACAUCCAUAUUGCUUGGCUUGCUAGGGGUUCUGUUACCGAUGGUGAACACGUACGUUUACGCCGUCGAUGGUAUGAUGCCAAUAACUGCGAAAGGCAAUGAAUAUCAGCUAUGGUAUGAUAAGUAUUUCACCCGAACAUACCAGGCCACAGAGACACAUUGCACCAGCUACUUUGCCGGGAUGAUCGCCGGGUUGCUGUACCAUAAGAUCACGCGCAAAGAGCUUACACUUGGGCCUAGGACGGUAAGAAGGGUAUUCAAUGUGACAAGCAUCCUGACCGUCGUGUUCGCACUCCAAGCUCCAUUGUACAACAUGAUAAACUUCAGCAAACCCUCUAUCUGGAUGGCGAUCGUAAGCGGAGCGUACAAGGUGACCUACGCCGCAUUGUUUGUGUCAACCUUUCUGCUGAUGGCGUUUCAAGAUCCCCAAUCGGCCGUCCGUCGAUGGUUCGCUGGAAAUGGACUGAGUCGGGCAAUGGCCAAGCUCGGUUUUGGCUUCUACAUCGUGCAGAUGUCGGUCCUAUGGGUCGUCUUUGGCAACUAUGCGGAGGAUACGCGUGUCAAUCUGCAGCUGGCCGUCACCACAUACUGCACGACGUUUGUGCUGUCGUACGCCAUCGCGCUGGUAGCGUACGUCGUGGUGGAGAAACCGUUCGACGUCAUCUUCAAACUUUUGCUUGACGGCGGAAACCGCAAGGAACAGCGAUUGCCAGAAACGUUCAUCAAGUCAGGCAACGUGAAACCAGAGUUACGCUCCAUGACGCUGGGGAGCAACGGGUUGCAAGUAAACGGACAUCUUACAGAGUACGGAGUCGGAGCAGCUGCGGGAACAAUGUACCAUCAGGAGGGAAGGGUAACAGGUUCUAGUGCAUAA